AUGGCUGUCCAAGGAGAUAAUGUUGAAUGUACUCGCAUACUGCUUCAACGUGGAGCUUCUCCAGAUGAUAACGCCGUGGAUUUUCUAACUGCAUUGCAUGUUGCGGCUCAUUGUGGUCAUUUGCGUGUCUCCAAACUUCUCCUAGAUCGCCAGUGUAACGUAAAUGCCCGCGCCUUGACCAUGUCUCUUGUAAAACCUACUGUCAGCCAACUAGCUCCAAUCGCCGCCGUGUCUAUCCUGUCUCUAUUCCUAAUAUCAUGUCAUGACUUGCAUGCCCUAGUCUCUAGCGUGCCAACACACAAACGUUGUGGUACAAUCGGAAACUACGAGAAGAUGUCAUUUAAGGGUUGGCACGCAAUGGAAUGUCAUGGAAGAGCGAGAGAAACGGUACUGGCUAUAUCUAGUUGGCUACUAGUAGAUAAGUUUGCUCAUAGACGUGGUCCAUGA